UAGUCACGUUUAGCAACGGUCAGUCGCUAAAGAGAAAAAACAGCCGCUUCCGUGUUGUUCUUGUGUUAUUCUGGUUAAUAACUCUCGGUACCGGAGCCGAAGCUCGUCUGACAGCCCCGCCGGACUCCGACUAUCAUGGUUCUGUGAAGCUGACACACAGUUUCAGCCUUUUUCGCGCCGAAAUGUCUCUGCUGCAGAGCUCCAAGAAAAAAGACAAGCGCAUUUUGUCCGGUACCUGCCCGGACCCGAAAUGCGAGGCGAGGCUGUUCUUCCCCGCGUACGGCUCCGUUAGCAUCGAGUGCACCGAGUGCGGCCAACGCCACGAGCAGAAGAACCUGUUAAACGUGGAGGAGGUGACCGAUCCGGAUGUGGUGCUGCACAAUCUGCUCAGAAACGCCCUGCUCGGCGUCACCGGGGCCCCGAAGAAAGGCACGGAGCUGGUGAAGGUGAUGGGGCUGUCCAACUACCACUGCAAGCUGCUGUCCCCGGUGCUCACCAGGUACGGCAUGGACAAGCAGACCGGCAAAGCCAAGCUGCUGAGGGACAUGAACCAGGGCGAGAUGUUCGACUGCUCGCUCCUGGGGGACCGGGUGUUCCUCAUCGAGCCGGACCAUGUGUCCACCAUGGGCUACGGCAAGGACCGGUCCGGCAGCCUCAUAUACCUGCACGACACCCUGGAGGAGGUGAAGAAGGCCAACGGCAACCGGGAGUGUCUGAUCCCGGUGCACGUGGACGGGGACGGGCACUGCCUGGUCCACGCCGUGUCCCGGGCGCUGGUGGGCAGAGAGCUGUUCUGGCACGCCUUGAGAGAGAACCUGAAGCAGAACUUCAAGCAGAACCUGGACCGCUACAAGGCUCUCUUCCAGGACUUCAUCGACGCCGCGGAGUGGGAGGACAUCAUCAACGAGUGCGACCCGCUCUUCGUCCCGCCCGAAGGCGUGCCGCUCGGGCUGCGCAACAUCCACAUCUUCGGUUUGGCCAACGUCCUGCACCGGCCCAUCGUGCUGCUGGACUCGCUGAGCGGCAUGAGGAGCUCCGGGGAUUACUCGGCCACCUUCCUGCCGGGCCUGGUGCCCGAGGAGCAGUGCCGCGGCAAAGACGGGAAGCUCAACAAGCCCAUCUGCAUCGCCUGGAGCAGCUCGGGCAGGAACCACUACAUCCCUCUGGUGGGGAUCAAGAACACGGCGCCGCCCAAGCUGCCGGCCCGGCUGCUGCCGAAGGCGUGGGGCGUUCCUCAGGAGCUCAUCCGGAGGUACGUGAAGCUGGAGCCGGACGGCAGCUGCGUGAUCGGCGGCGACCGCAGCCUGCAGGACAAGUACCUGAUGCGCCUGGUGAACGCCAUGGAGGAGGUGUUCAUGGAGAAGCACAACAUCCACCCGGCGCUGGUGGCCGACGUGCACCAGUACGUGUACCGGCGCACCGGCGUGAUCGGCAUCCAGCCCGAGGAGGUGACGGAGGCGGCCAAGAAGUCGGUGCUGGAGAACCGGCUGCACCGCUGCCUGAUCUGCGGCGCCCUCUCGGAGCUCCACGUGCCGCCGGAGUGGCUGGUUCCGGGCGGGAAGCUCUACAACUUGGCCAAGUCCACUCACGGACAACUGCGGCCCGACAAGAACUACAGCUUCCCCCUCAACAACGUGGUCUGCUCCUUCGACCCGCACAGAGACGUCCUCCUGCCCGACUAUAAACUCAGCUCCCUCAACGCCUGCAACUGGUGUCACGGGACGUCGAUGCGCCACAUCCACGGCAACGGGUCGGUGGUGUACCUGGACGGGGACAGAACCAACACCCGCUCGCAGGGCGGGAAGUGCGGCUGCGGCUUCAAGCACUUCUGGGAGGGGAAGGAGUACGACAACCUCCCCGAGGCCUUCCCCAUCACGCUGGAGUGGGGGGGCCGCGUGGUGAGGGAGACCGUGUACUGGUUCCAGUACGAGGCCGACCCGGCGCUGAACAGCAACGUGUACGACGUGGCCAUGAAGCUGGUCACCAAGCACUUCCCGGGGGAGUUCGGCAGCGAGAUCCUGGUGCAGAAGGUGGUGAACACCAUCCUGCACCACACGGCCAAGAAGAACCCGGACGAGUACAACCCGGUGUCCAUCGACGGGGCGCACGUCCAGCGCCUCACCGACGCCGAGGAGACGCAGCCGGCGGACCCGCAGCCGCCCACCAAGAUCAUCCUGACGGGUCAGAAAGCGAAGACGCUGCACAGAGAGGAGCUGACGAUGAGCCGGGCCGAGCGCAGCGUCCAGCAGAGCGUCAGCGAGCAGGCGGCCGUCACGCAGCGGCGCCGCACCGACCGGCUGAAGCAGGAGCAGACGGGCCGCGCUCGGACCUCUUCGCCCGCCGGAUCGCCGGAGACCUCCUCCUCCUCGUCGGCCCCGGCCACGCCCACCAAGUCCUCCUCCUCGCCGUCCUCGUCCAAUGCGGCGGCGGCGGCGGUCGGCAAACCGGACGGGAAGGCGGAGGAACUGGAGGAGAUGGAGAGUCAGGACGCCGAGCAGAGCAACGCCAUCGAACCCAUGGAUCACUCCUGAUCACUCCUGACCCCUCAGCGCCCCCCCGCCUCGCCUCGCCGGCACCUCUGGGUCAGAACGCCUCAGGUCGGAUCCUAAAGCUUUGGUCUUCAUCGUGUUUCGUUGUCUUUACUGCAUGACUAAAGAGCGAGCCGACCGGCCUCGCCUCGCCGCAGACUCGGGGUGGGACGACGAGCCGUAAGGCGAUAUAUUGUGACACGCUCUCUGCGAUACAUCAUCGAUAUCACAGCGGCGUUACCGUGUGUUUGAACUCUAUGCACUCUCUCUUCUCAGCUGUCCACUUCUCAAUGCAGUAAGUAAUAAACACCUGAUGGAUUCCUGCUUUUUGAGAGAAUUAUUUUGCCUCUUUUAGGAUUUUUCUCCUCCGUUGAUGAUGUAUCGUACACGACCGUCUUGCAAUACAUCGCAGAGUCGCUGACAGGGUUUGUACCUUUCGUCCCUGCGAGUCCCACCUGCAGACGUCCAACCCUCUCGCUGUAAACGCACUGAUGUCCGCGGGCGAUAAACACCAGCUCGGGUUCACGUGCGAGCUGCAUUCCUGUAGAUAGAAGAAUCCUCUGAGUCUUAACCCGCCACCAGGAGGACAGCUGCUGCUCGCCAACAUGCUUCCAUCAAAGUGCACCGGCUUCUGUACGCAUCAGCGCCUUCAUCGCCACAAUCUGCCCGUCCGCCCGCCUGUCUGAGGACGGGAGAACACUGCGUUUGCUUGACUGCAGCCCCCCCCCCCCCCCCAAGCCGACAGUCACCACUUACAUUUAAUGCUCCUGUUUUCUGAAACGCUGAUGUGAAGCACCUGAUCGAGCUCCAGAACAGCUGCCGCCUGCAGGUACAGAGUGUUUGUUCGAGGUUUAAGCCUCGACAUUAUUAACCUCUGAUACAUCACGUAUCUGUCGGCUGUUUGAGGUUUACACAACUCCUUUAUAACCACAUAUAAUCUAAUGAUAACUAAAGGAUAUUAAACCUUGAGAAGUUGUUAACUGGUGCACAGAAAUAAUCACUGUAGUUUGAUGUGGAAGCAAAUAGAAGACAUAAGCACUAACAUUUAAACACUCCUGAAUUUAUACUUUGAAAACCAUCUGUAGUGUUUGUUCUGAAUUCUCCUCUUUGACAUUUUCUGAAUUUCAAGAAGAAAAAAAAGUUUCAGAUUCGAUCGUUAAAAAUUAGAACGAAAAUUUAAAUUUCGAUGAGUCCAACUGAAACUUUCGAUGAGUUUAGUUUGUUUUAUUUAAACAACAACAAGUUUCAGUUCAACAGGUUUCUUGGUCACGUGACCGACAGGCCGAGCUCUGAUUGGAUCUUAAUUUGUGAACACUGAAAAAUAUAUAUUUAAAUUUAGCUUUUGAAAAUUUGUGAUGAAUUCAAAACAAAGUAAAAUAUUUCAGUGCUCUGAAUUCAGUGGUUGUUAAAAUGUCAGUACUUCUGUCUUUUACAUUUUACACUAGAAAGUGUUGAACUUAACUCACAUUUAGAGGGAAAUAAAUCAAAUGUUCAUUUAUAAAAAUCUUCAGAAGUGUGUCUGUAACACUCGUUACCUGCAGUCGGCACAAAGCUCUUCUACAGCCUCUGAUCCACCUGCGUUUCUUUCUGAAAGUCCAUCUGAAAACCCGAAACACCACAAAGAAAUAUAAAAUGUACUGAAAUGGACGUUUGAAUUUAAACAGCUGAACAAAAUAAAAUGAUCUUUCCCAGAGGAGCACUUUGAAAGCAGCGGUGGAGCUGUAGAGGUGGAAUACCUACAGAAGUUUCUCUUCUCAGAUUGAUGUUAUAAUUUGGAGAGAAACCUCCAGAACUUUUAGAAACUGGAAGAAAACAUCUUUUUUUGUGUGGAAACAAUGAAAGCUGAAGGUUUAAAAGUGACUCCAGCUGUGAGUAAACAGCUGCCUCUUGUGGAGGAUCUCUUAAAGUGAGUUACAGAGCGGAUGAAUGAGGUGCUUCACAUCUAAAAAACAAAAAAAACCAAAAACACACACAUUAGUGGAUCACGUUACUAAAAUGCUAAAGAGUUUCUUUAGUCAAAGAAAACUCAUCAUUUAUUUUCCUUUUCUUUCAAAGUGACGUUUACUGUAAAUGUUGCUGAAAGCAGUUAAAGUCGGCCAGUGGAAAGAGAGAGUGAUGAGAGAGUGAUGAGUGAGUGAUUGCUCUGUUGAAAACGGCUGAAAGCUUCAUGAGGUUUUUAUUUUAUUUUUGUGUAAUGUGAUCUUUACCGUCAUUGGUUGAAACUUCCCAUUUAAAAGCAGAAUGUGGCCAAAGAUGAACCAGGUUCACUGAAACGUACGUGGAGCUGAUAUUUGGUAAAAAGCUGCUGUCCUAUGCAAAAGAAAAUCUCACCGAACUUCCAAAAAGAAAACAACAACACAAAAACCUAAAUCUAUAAAUAUAUGGACGAGGAUUAGAGCCACGUGUGGGAAAUAAAGUUUGAAGUUUAAAAAUAGUCUGAAUUCUGAAGUUUUGUGAGUUCAGAAAGUGUUUCCCUCAUAAAGACUCUCUGCGACUGUUUUCCCAGCAUCCUUUGUGGCUUGUGUCAUUACAGCGACCCCCUUUUUAGCUUUGGAUCGAGUUUUAUUCGAACCGCAGGCUUCAGGAACUGUAAAAGGAACAGUUCGGCAUUUUGGAAAACAUGCUUAUUCUCCUUCGAGCUGAGGGUUCAAUACUCUCAGGUUACCACAGAGGCCAGAAGGAAACGGCUAGCCUGGCUCGUACACUUGUUUUUGUUCUUUCAUGCUGAUCCUAAGAUUUUAUGCUAAGCUAAGUGAGCCAGCUGCUAGCAGUAGCCUCGUAUUUGUGGUGUCAAUCACAAAUAUUUCCCAAAAUGUUGAACUGCUCCUUUAAAAUGGUUAAAGGUCAGUUUACACUUUUGUUGCCAACAGUUUUUCCACACCUGCUGGAGGAACUGAUCGUCAGGCCUUAAAAUCUGCUCAUUUUGUAAAUUUAAUUAGUUUGACAUUGAGGUUCUUUAUUGUUUUACUUUGAACUGUGUUCCUUUUACCUCAAACUCCAUUUAUUUGAACUUUAAAUGACCUUAAAAAUCUCUACGUUCACACUGCAGACACAAGGGCCCAAAUCUGAUCUGAUUUUCAGUGUAAACAACACAAAUCACAUCGACUCUGCUCUUUUCCAGUUUCCAGUUUGAGACUUCUUCAUUCACGAGACUACAGAGUUUCUCAAACCACGUUCACCCUCAGGAAGUAUUACCACCGUUAUGACCGAGGUUAAAAUACAGCAUCGACUUUAUCUCACAGGAGGCAGAUUUAUUCAUCACAAGAUUAUUUAUUGUUGACUCUUGUUAACUCCUGAACAGAACCGGUUCAAGAACCAGAGCUGAUUUUGUGUAAAAUGGGUCCACCUGUCCCGUUUGGAGCCACGUCGUGUUUUUGAAGCAUUCAUCUGACCUCCGCCCUGUAUCUAAGCGUCACAUUUUAGCUCCUAACUAAUCACGGAUGUGUGCGUGCGCUGCGUAGCAGACUGAUAUUGAAUCUAAAUAUUAAACAAAAUGCAAAACUUAUUUGAAAUGUUGCAGUGCUUUUUAAAUUAUUUUAUUCCAUUUUAUAAAAAUAUUUCAGAAAUUCCUCCAUGAACGACUAGAGGGUCGCGGACCAUAGUUUGAGAACCACUGCUCUAGAGUCACUCUCGCUUCCACUGCACAUCAACUUAUAAAUGAAACUGAACACGUUGCCUUCAGUGGCGUCCACGUUUACUUGACGUCUUAAAGGCCGAUCAUCUCGUCUCGUCUGGCGUUCGCUCUUCUCACGUCGCGUUUAAGUUUUUAGACGCGUAUAAAAGUUAAAAAACUGUCAACUUUUCAGCCCGUGGAGUCGAACCGUCACACAAUCAAAUCAAGCACGAGGCGGGCUUUAUUACUUCACUACGGCCUGUUUUGAUGACGUUUUGGUAACUUGGUUAUCUUGAGAAUAAAGUGGGGAUAAAGUACACUCGGUUAUCACUUCUUUGAAAUAAAGCUGGAGUUUACUCAUCAUUUUUCUGUAAUUAUAGUUCCGGACACGAUAUCAAAGAUCCACAUUUCAGAUCUGAGCGCUACGGCUCGCAGUGUGAACGUAGCUUUUGUUUUGACUUUUGUGUUUUUUUUGGCGAAAACAAAUCUCAGUCUCAAAAUGUGAAUCACAGUGUCUUCGUUUUUUUCCGGUUCUCUGAGGUUUAUUUUGCCGUUGAGGUGAACAAAUGUAAAAGAUUCAGCACUUUGUUGGAGGGAAAAGAGGGAACGUUAGCGUAGCAUGCUCAUAUUAGCUUCACGUGAAUCAUCAUCAGUGAGUCGUUCGGUCGCUCGGACGAAUCAAAACACUGCUGUUACGGACUUGAAGUUUUUCUUUGUGACUGCUGUACUAAUGACAUGAAUUGUAAUCCAGUUGUAUAAUAGUAUAUAUUGUAGUAUAUUUGGACCUGUACAGAAACUACAGAAACACAGAUUGUUCAGUUCCUUCAGUUCUUUUUUGUUAACUUCUCUCUGGUUUGCUAAUAAAAUAUUGAUGAUACACGGCUUCGACAUCGCUGUUUGCAUGUGUGACGAAUUUUCAACCGCAACAAUAAAAUCACUUCCUUCA